GUGGGUUUAUAUUUUGCAACUGUAAACACACUCGUAAUAAGCUGCUCCUUCCUCUGGAAGCUUUGUUCGGUCUUUCAGUCUUCGCGACCCUUUGGAAGCAUCUCUCGUUAUUCUCUCACUUUCUCUCUUCAUCGUUUGCUUUGCGUAUGCCUGAAAAUUGAAUGCCACCUAUGAUGUUUUGAUGCAUUGGUAAGGCUUCUAAACACGAGAGUUUGCACUGUUGAACUGUACUAGUUUUGCUUGCGGUUCUUGUGAAUUGGAAAUUUGGAAUGUGGCCCAUGAUCGUUUUGCUGUUCUGGAAAAAUGGUUCCUUUGGUGGGGGCGCGGAAGAAAACACAAACUUCUCAGUUCAGUGUGACUCAAACUUUCUCUCCAAAUUCAUCAUGUGGCCGAAAUUUGAGAAAGAACCAACUUGGUGGCAUCAUCUUCGGAUGCAAGAAUGCCACAAUGAAAGAAUGUCUAUCUAAACAACUGUUUGGCUUACCAGCUCAUCACUUCUGUUAUGUGAAGAAUAUUGAUCCAGGGUUGCCUCUGUUUCUGUUCAAUUAUACUGACAGGAAACUUCAUGGAAUUUUUGAGGCAGCCAGCAGUGGGAGAAUGUUUAUAGACCCCUAUGGAUGGACUACAGAUGGUUCAGAGAGAACACAGUAUCCUGCGCAGGUGCAAAUUUGUGUCCGACUAAAGUGCCACCCAUUGCCUGAAGAUAAAUUCAAAGAAGUAAUUGCAGACAACUACUACACUCAUAAUCGUUUCUAUUUUGAGCUAGACCAUGCACAAACAAGCAAACUUAUUUCCUUACUAUCAGCUGGAGCAAUUGCCUCUGAUAAUUCUGCCCCACAGAAUACACAGAAGUGGAUAACUGUAUCACGACCUCUUGCAUCAAAUGAAACUUUGAGGGAAGGUGAAACAUCUAAGAUGCUUGAAUUAGAGACAGAGCAUUCUACUCACUCAAGUACAAGAUCAUAUUGGAUUGAAAAUGACUUUUCUUUUGACGGAUACAUCCGGCCAUUAGAUACUAAUGAAGUUGAGAAGGAAGUAAACGAGGAUGAGCAGAACAGCAUAUUUAUGAAACUGAAGGAGUUAACACUUGACAGUGAAAGUCAAGAUUUAUCCUUGGCAAACAAUGCCAAUGAUACUCCUGGUAUGAAUAACACAGAAGAGGGUUAUAUGGAGGCGUUGGAUGGUUUAGAUGAGAAGGAACAGACUUCUAAUCCUCCAUUUGAUUAUCAAUAUAACAUAGCCCAGUUGGUGCAAGAGGUCAAAGAAUUGACAAAUUUCCAGAAAAUACAAACGGAGAGGAAUUGCUACCUGGAGCAGAAGCUGAUUGAGGCAGAAAUGGAAAUUCAGCAUCUAAAAGAUCGUUGUACACUUUUAGAAUCUGCAUGUAAUAUUCCUAAUCAUUUGGCACAUGUUGAGAAGGUAGCAGUAAAGUCAACAGCUGAGCUGCAUUUAGAUCCCAAAGAUUCAUUGUUUCUAAUAGGAGGCUUUGAUGGAAAUUCAUGGUUAGCAACUAUGGAUUUGUAUUGUACUUCUCAGAAUGUAAUAAAAUCUCUUAAGCCUAUGAGCUCAGUUCGUUCAUAUGCUUCCGUUGUGUGGUUGAAUGGUGAAAUUUAUGUUUUUGGUGGUGGAAAUGGUUAUGUUUGGUAUGACACAGUCGAAUCAUACAAUCCAGUUCAUGACAACUGGACCUUGUGCCCCUCUUUGAACCAGAAGAAGGGAAGCUUGUCUGGAGCUGCUUUGAAUGACAAAAUAUUUGCUGUUGGUGGUGGCAAUGGAGUUGAUUGCUUUUCAGAUGUUGAGAUGCUUGAUUUAGAUAUUGGGCGGUGGAUCCCUACACGCUCAAUGCUAGAAAAGAGAUUUGCUCUUUCUGCAGUGGAACUCAAUGGUGCAAUCUAUGCCAUUGGCGGAUUUGAUGGAAAUGAUUACUUAAGGUCUGCUGAAAGAUUUGAUCCAAGGGAACAUUCUUGGACCAAAAUACCAAACAUGAAUGUAAAGCGAGGCUGCCAUUCAUUAGUUGUUCUAAAUGAAAAAUUGUAUGCUCUUGGUGGCUUCGAUGGUGACAAAAUGGUUCCAAGUAUUGAAGUGUUUGAUCCUCGUCUUGGGGCAUGGACAAUGGGGGAACCAAUGAAUCAUUGUAGGGGGUAUUCUGCUGCUGUAGUUGUCAAGGAAUCCAUUUAUAUGAUUGGAGGAGUUAAAGUUGGCGAGAACAUUGUAGAUACAGUUGAGAAUUAUAAGGAAGGUCAGGGAUGGCAGGAAACUUGCACUACAGCUGCUGUUAAAAGGUGCUUCUUGUCAGCUAUUGCCUGCAGUCAUGAGUGACAGAAGGUUCUUCAGUCGUCACAUAGACACAAUUUUUUGUGAAGUCAUAGGCUGAGGAGAUAAUUUUGCAUGACUGUUUGUGCAUGAGAUAUAUAACAGGACAUCAACAUUGUAUAUGAAUUGUUUGGUUAUUCCUAUAGGUGACCCCAUUUUCAUUUUUAAUCAACUAAAAUCUGAAGCUGUUAGUAUGUUUGCUUUUUUCUAAUUCAUCAGACGAGUUUAAUGGCAAUGAUGAUGACAAUAAGGGCAAUCAGCUGAU